CGCCCGAAAAGCGCAAAACAAGCCCUUGGUAACUGAAAGACUUGAUAAUUACUUCUGCGUACACAAUUGUUAGCAUUUUCUGAGACAGAAUCAUUAAUUAUUUAAAUCUGCUGUGUUCUGUGUGCAUUGAUAUCAUGAGUUGAGUGGAUGUUUAUCUCCACGACGGGGAACUUGAAACCGCACCACUGCUCCAUUUCCUUGGUUGUUUUGCUUUUUUCCGCCUGGAUUCUCCAUGUUGGAACAAAAUUGAGGUAUUUUAGUGUAUCAACAAUAGAUUUACUUGCACAAAAAUACAACAGCAUACCCUCAUGUUAAAGAAGUGCUAAACAAGCGUCGGGGACUUGACAUUUUCAAGACGACGACAAUACCCGUAUAUGUAAACUACCUUUAGUCUAUAACAUACAGCGCGUUAUUGCUGGAAUCGGUCAGCACGGACCAGUCGCACUGCACUAGCCAAACGCGCUAUCUAGCUGAAUGUUGAAAGUGUCUAAGACUAGGGGGAACGGAUUGGAUACAGGGGGCACCGCAUUUAUUAGAUGGAAAGUUCUAUCAUUACACAAGUACAAAAAGAAGAUAUUCAGCUGCCGUCUAAAACAGGCCAGGUGAAGAAAACUUCUCCCAAGAAACCUCGAAGCCGCAAUAUCUUCAAAGCACUGUUCUGUUGCCUGCGUGCACAGGAUGUGCCCCAAACGCUGGCCCCUUCCCAAGAUAACUUGCUGCCUCCUGAGGAUAAUGGGACUAUUGCCAAGAUUCCAGAGACCAGCCUACUGCCUGAGCUGACCCCUGAAGACCAGGGCAAGAUCUGUGUUGUUAUAGAUCUGGAUGAAACUCUGGUGCACAGUUCCUUUAAGCCAAUCAGUAAUGCUGACUUUAUUGUUCCUGUGGAGAUUGAGGGAACAACACACCAGGUUUAUGUCCUUAAGAGACCACAUGUUGACAAGUUCCUUCAGUGCAUGGGAGACAUGUUUGAGUGUGUGCUAUUCACUGCCAGCCUUGCAAAGUAUGCCGACCCAGUCACAGAUCUGUUGGACCAGCGUGGGGUAUUCCGAGCUCGACUUUUCCGAGAGUCCUGUGUCUUCCACCAGGGCUGCUAUGUCAAAGACCUAAGCCGGCUUGGUCGCCAGCUUAACAAGACCCUCAUUUUGGACAACUCUCCUGCCUCUUACAUCUUCCAUCCUGAGAACGCUGUGCCUGUGGCAUCUUGGUUUGAUGACCUGGAAGACACAGAACUGCUGAAUCUGUUACCUGUGUUUGAGGAGCUAAGUGGUGCAGAUGAUGUCUAUGCCAAACUAAAGCAGCUUCGUGAACCCUGACAAGGACCUUCCCUGUCCUGUCCCUUUGUUCAUUAGGAUAUCACACUGAGAGUACCAACUGCCAUGAGAGCCUUUAUAGCCUCUUAAAUGCCUUACUCAGUCUGCAAAAAUUAACUUUGCAUUUGCACACUCCAGCAGAGGCACCAAAUGUCACAAUGUGACAUGUCUCAGUAUGGGGAUGUGUGUGUGUCAAGGUCUUCAUGACUAUAUUAUGUUCUAGUUGGGUAUUUAUCCAUCUAUCUUUAUUGAAAACCAUAAGAUGAGAAAAAAACCUGUUGGCUAUAUCCAAACAUCUGCUUUCUUUACUGUAUAGAUGUGUGAUUUAGCUCUUAAACCACAGAUAAAUAUGUGCCCCUUUGAUUUCAAGUAUUUUACAGUACUAAUACUUCAGUCAUCUAUCAUGAUUGAUAGACAUGAUUAAUUAUGUCAAAUUAUAUUUUUUGCAAAGUCUCAUUAAAUGCAUUUUUGUAGCUUUCAUCAGAUCACAAAUGUGAAGCUUUUAAACUUCUGCAUUGUGCCUUUGGUAGUGAAAUAAUUGUUUUAAAAAGAGAGACCAUUCUCUGAGCCUUUUUUUCCCUUGUUUUCAAACAUUUGGGGUGAUUAUUUUUUUGGAGGAAAAAUGGCCAUACUUAUAAUCUCUAUAAAUGUUUAUCUACAGUUAAAUUGUAACAUCUCCUCUUCUGUCCUAUUGAGGGACUAUCGAAAAUGCUUGGUGCCUUUUGUCUUGCAUAAGAAUAGACUCUGUAAUGCUGGAUAGACAUGCUCGAAAUCAUGUCUACCAACAAAGAACAUUUUAUUGUGCAGUGGAAUUAUAAGAUUUCCUACAUUUCCCUUACAGUUUCACAAGCUGUUCACUGGUCUGGAAGUUGCUCUGAAGUCCUGUACUGCCUUCUCUGUUCAGGCAGAAAAAUGUGAAUAACUCAUUUUUUCCUUUUCUAUGAAAUCAGCAAAUGUACAUUAAGGUGUUAUGUCAAAAUACCUAAAUACUAUUUAUCAAACUUUAUUUUUUAUUUAUUUUCUUAAAGGUUGCUUUUUUUUUAAAAUUAAUUACUUUUUUUUUUUACAGAUUAGGCACAACUAAACAAGCUUUUUCAUACUAUGCCCAUAAUGCCUUGUAGUCUGCAAAUUGAGUAGCUAUACAAAAUUAUGUAACUGUGUUUACAAGUUUUUCUUUUAAAUGAAGUGAUUUUACCAUACUGUAUUAGAGCUAAUUUAAAAGAAAUUGUGCUUGAUUUGUUCAACCUACAGGCUAUGCAUAGCAGAGUUUGCAAAAAAGUUUUAAAUACAGCAUUAAACUUGAAAGGUAGUACAUAAUUUCACAAGAGUAGACAAUAGAAAAAAAGGAAGGUUUAUGAUUUCAUAAAAAAGGGAUGAAAACAUGGUCACUUUGUUGAAUCUGUUGUUGAAGGUUCAUUGUGAUGCAGGUAUGACACUUAUCAGCCAUAGCCUAUAGAAAUGUCCCCUGUGGGGCAGGAGAGUAGACAAAAUGCCAUCUCAACGACAAACACUAGCAGGAUAUUUUGUUCAGCAGAUUUCCUAUAUUACAAGCUUGCCAUUAUGUUUAAAUCAGACCACUGAGUAGUGGGCAUUCCCCUUUAUAGAACAAGAUCAUUGAGUCUCAUGCAUUCAUAUCUUUUUUAAAUUCUUGAGAUAAUUUUUUUUGUGUGUAAGGUAGGUUUAAGCAAGUUGGCCAUGUCAGAUUACACAUGCUCAGAAAAUUGGCAUAAAUCUCAGGAUUGAAUGCAUCUGUACAAGAUUGCACAUUAACGAGAAAUGUGAAUUUGCCUCAAAAGGCUAUGAGAGAAUUCAUGUCAUAAUAGGUUAUCUUCCUCAGUAAGGCAUUGCAAGGUUGUUCCUGUGGACAGAGACUAUCAGUAUCAGCUGCUGAAUUAAUUAAAUGACAGACCAAAAGACGGUUAACUUGUCAUUUUCUAUAAAGUCUGCCAUCACAGAUGCGCACAAUAUGUGCAUCGUUGCUUUUUGGAUGGCCUAUCAUGCAGAUUUUUAAAAAAAGACUAACCACUGUCACACAGGAAAGUCUUUAAUAUUACAAAUUGAGUUUAAUUUAGAAUUUUUAAAUUUUGUGGGACAUUGUACAUGACUUGUAUUAUUAAGUCUCAAUUGCUCACAAAUUUUGUUUGCACCCAGGAGAAAUUUCUAAGUAACGAAAAUUGUUGAAUGCAGCAGGUGCUCUCAAGUUGCUGGGAAAAACAAUUUAAGGAUAGAUGUGUUUGUCUAAUUACUUUUGCAUAAGGCCCAUUGUAUACAACAGCAGCCAGGUUAUAGUUUGCCUUAUCCCACUUCUCACAACACUGAACCAGGCAAUCAAAAACAAUGAAUACCUGGUACAGGUCUGCUAAGAUACAAAUGUUGGUGGUUUGUGGGUGCAUGAGAACUGGAAUUGGAAAUACUGUAACCUGUAAAUACACAGUAUCCUUGUACACAAAAAUUGAUUUAAUUACUUGCUUUUACCUUUCAUAGAAUAGCUAAUGUUUGCCCUCUGUGAAGGAGACCAUUUGCCACAAGUCAAAGUUAAAUGGCCUUUUUAAACAUGUAUUAAAAUUUCUUUAAUUCAUGGAUUCAGAAUUUUUUGUUUAGAUUUGAUUUUUUUCACCUCUGCAUUAUGAGGGAUGGGUAUGCUUCCUAUUUUACAUGUUGGAUCUGUCAUAAGAACCUAGUUAAACAUUGACUUUCAGAAUAUGCCUUUGGUUUUUAUCAAGAAUGGUAGUUGUUUUUUCAGUACAGACUAAUUGGAGACACUAUAGAUAGUCUGAACAAUAGAUCAGUGUUUACCAAAGCUUUGCUUGUGCCAAAUGUAAUUUUUAGAGUGUUCUGAUGCAAAAUGUAUUGGCUUCAUUACAGAAUACAUUUUAAAAAUCAGAUUCAACUUAAAAGCAGUUUAACCUAAAAGUUGAGCAAAUGUAAUUUCAAGCAAAAUAAUGAAUACUGCAUGAGCUAAAAUGUUCCGAGUUACUGUGGUUGUUGGUAGUAUGGAGAGAUGAGUUAACCACAAUCAAAGUCAAAACCUACCCACACCUAUUUCUUAUUAACAUAUAUUUAUUUUUAAAGUAAAUUGGAGGACCACUUUGUUUCCAUCAGAUCGAUUUAAUCUUUAAUUAUCUAAAUCAGAUGUUCUGUGGGUCAAAUGUUUACAUAUACCAAGUUUACUGUCUUUUUAAACGGUUUUGGGAAUUCCAGAAGUCAAUGUAGUGACUUUUAGAAGCUUCUGAUUAUAUGCUUUUGGACUGUUGGGAGUUAAUUUGAAGUGCACCUGUGGCUAUAUUUAAGGGCCUUUACAGCCACUGCCUUUUGACCUUGAUACCAUGGGCAAUAUCCAAGCAACUCAAUCAAGAGUUCAAAAACCUGUCUAGUUCUUUCUAUAGGAACAAUUUAAAAGCAGCUGAAGGUACCUUAUGCAUCUGUAUUGUAUGCAUAUGCGUAAAGGGCUUGGGUCCACACAGAUACCACACCUUUGAGUAUGGAGGACAAAUGAACUCUCAGGGCUGACUGAAAUUUAGUCCAAAAUGUUGAAUCCAAAGACAGUAAUAAAGGAAAUGGAAGGAGUUGGAGGUAUCAGAUGCCAAAGUAUAUAUAUCCACCAUUAAUAGAAUCUGAUGGCAGCAUAACCUGAAAGACUCUUGUGCAAGGAAGUAGCCCCUACUCCAUGUUAGUGCAAAAAUCCACAAGUUUGCAGGUGAUCACCAGUAUGAACAUCUAACCUUCUGGGUCUUCCAGUAGAAUAUUGUUUCUCCAAACCAGUGACAAAUUGGCUUAAAGACAGCAAAAAUGAAAGGAUUGAAAUAAUCAUAAAGUUUUAACCUGAAUUCCACAGGUUUGUGAACUAAACAUUUUUUUAAAGAAGUAAGUUUGAGGAAGGAGAGAGCGUCAAACCUUACUGAGUUUGCAGGCAAAAUUCAUGCAAAGUAUUUUUAGAAGCUGGUGGAAGGCUGCCCAAACUGUUUAGUUCAAGGUAAACAAUUGAAAGACACUGCCACCAAACACUAACAAAGUGUAAUUAAACAUUUGACUUGCUGAAAUUCUAAUAAAGCAUAUAAAACCUGACAUAAAUAACAACAAAGAAAGCAUUAAUAUGUAGAGUUGUUAAAAAUGAAUUUGAAUGUCUUUAGCCUAGGUAUAAACAUUUGGCCUCAACUAUAAAUAUAUACAUGGCAUUUAUUUUUAUUAGGAUUAGUAACAAUCUAUUUCUGCAAGUUUUACAGCAGUACUGUACUUUUUUGAGAGACACAGAGAAAGGCUAAAAGGAUGAUCAGCAAAGAAGUGCAAUUGAUUUCUCAGACAUUUAGUCCAUCAUCAAAGUCACUAUUGGUUGCUUCUGUUGGGCAACCUUCAUUUGUCUAAGGAUUCACUUGCACUGAUUUUUGUAGCGCAUGUCCAUCCUUGUGCAGAGUAGCAACUGUGUGAAAUUUCUAACUUUGCAAACUAUGAAUGGGGACUGAUGGAGAGCCAAGUUUUCAGAAAUCGUUUUGUAAUGUUCACCAACUUUUCUUUUGAGCACUUUUAAAAUUUGUUUUAAAACUGACUCUAGUUGCUGUCUUUAAAGGUUGUUUUUCUACAUAUUCUCAUGUGUAUGUCCAUUUGUUAUUAAAGAUAUGGCAAUGUGAAAUGUUUUAUUAAAUAGAACUUUUCAUUUUUAUGGCUUGAAAGAAGACAAGAUUUCAUCCAAGAAAUUCAAAAGGGCUCACAAACAUUUCCUUUUAGCUGUAUGUGACUUGACUAAGAUCCUGGGCAUAGAUUUCUUCUAAGGAUAAGACAGUUCUUGCCUUUCCAAUGAGUGCACAGCGUAUUUUGUCUUUUUGUUCUAAAUAAAGCAUUUUUUUUAUGUUUCUGCUGGUCAGAGAAACUUAUUACAGAUUAAAAACAGUUUAUUAAGACAGAUGGUUUUGUUCCUUUUUCAUUAAUUUUUCCUUCAUGCUGCAUUGCCACACUUGUUUAAAAACAUUGGAAGCUUAAAUGAGGACUAUAUGUGAUUGUUCUAAAAAGUUAGGGACUUGAUUUAAAAGUUCCAUUAUUGAUACGGUUGUGCAUGUUUUCAAGAUUUGUUUAUGGUCAGUGCUCAAUUUUGAAAUUUUUUCUAACUUUUUUUCCAACUUAUAAUUUUGUUGCCCUAAUUUUUCCUUAUUUGUCAUAUGUGUAUUGCUGUUAGUUCAGAUAUGGACUUCAAUAUAAUGCAAUGACUGGUGGACAAAGCACUGAGCAAAAGCUUGAAACUCUUGAUCUGCUUUUUACUUGCAAACAGCCAAGGUUGUUUCAUCAUCAUCCCACUCGAGAAUUUUAUAACAAAUUGAUGUGCAAAUUUUAAAAGCUGUAAAACUGGUGUGUGGGUCAGCUGUAACUGAAUGUUGAUAGUUUAGAAAAAAUAAUAUCAGUGCUUUAUACUGAUUUUAGUGUUGGAUCAGGGGACCAUUUGGCAAUCUUCAGUUAGAUUUCAUUUGUAUUUUGAUUCAAGGGUUCAUAGACAUUCUUAGUUUUGUAAUAGAAAAGCACAGCUGGGCUUAAUGCAGCACAGUGUAUGGGUUUUGUUUUACAGUUUUCUUUUGUUUGUCCAAAGUGGAAUCAGAAAUAAUGUCACCAAUUUCUGACUAUGCAGAUUGAAAAUGUAUUAUAUAAUGUAAAAAUAGUCAUUUAUGUGUAGUUUGUUAAUGUCUAGUUUUGUUUUAUAUAUGAACUGUUUUUUGAGGAACCUGCAGUAACAUGCUGAAGGUUAUGCAGUUAUAUUUUUGAGGACUUAAGAAAUUGGCAAUAAAAGUAUUGAUUAUUUUUGUGUCUG